UUAGAUUACUAUAAUAGUUUUAGUAGUACAAAGUAUGGCUGUUUAUUUUGAUUAUAAAAUUUUACCACAUUAUGAAGACAGCCAUUGCAGCCUUACGUCUUGGCAUAGUAACUUUCCUCUGCUUGCUGUUGGAUUUGUUAGAGACUCCAUGGGGUAUGUGGCGCUUUAUUUAGAUGAGGGUGAACACAUUGAGAAUUCGAAAAUUGAAAGAGAAUUUACAGUCAGUAAACUUUCAUGGCAUCCACAUCGCAAAAUUCUUGCAAGCGGAUGGAAAAAUGGUUGUCUUAUUAUAUGGAAUGAACAUGCCAAAGAAUGGAAUGAAGCUCCAAAGUUUCAUUUAACUGAGAUUACUUGUAUAUGGUGGAAUCGAACAGGAUCUAGACUCAUAACAUCAGACCAGGCUGGUUUAGUGUGUGUUUGGAAAAUUGAUCAGCGAGGCAAGUUUCAACAGUCUCCCAUGUUUAAAAACGAGUUACGAUCUAGUGUUGUUAGUGGUGUACUAAAAGUAUCUGUGGGUUUGGAUGUUUCAAUAGAUAUUACUGCUGCUGCAAAAGCUGCAAUUAGUGGUAAUAAAAAUGCUCUCGAUUUGUUUGACAUGGAAAAGAGUUCAAGUUUUAGUAAUAUUGAAGAAAUACAGCUGUUUAUUGCUACAAAAGAUGGUAAUGUUUACUUCUUGGAUGAAAAAGGAAAAUGCAAAUCGUGUUUUAAAGUGGAUUCUUCUAUUUUAUAUUUACUAUACUACGAGAAUCAAGAUGUUGUUGUUACAAUUACUGAUGCUUUAUUCCUGACUCAGCAUUCAUUAAAAGAUGGAAACUACAAAGAAAUAUCUAAGGUUAAGCUAAGUGGUCAGGCUAGCAGUUUGGUUGUGACUUGGGCUGGUUCUGGAAUUAUAGCUAUAUCUUCCAAAAGUCAUGUAGUUCGUCUUUUAGAUAUAAGAACUGAUCAGAAUUUUGUGUUAAACCUUGAUAAAUCAUUUGGGUUUAAAGCCAAUGAGUGUAUCAAUUUUAUAGCAUUCAGUCAUUCUCAAGGAACUUUAGCUGGUGGCACAGACCAAGGGCAUGUUGCUCUAUGGAAGUACAACUCAUUAAAAAAUGAUGAUCAGUUAUGGGUUUUACAACCUCCAUCUGAGGUUGUUGGAAGUGUUACUCAUCUUGAAUGGGGUGCCAGUCUGGGGCUAAUAGCUGUCAACUGUGUAUCUUCGGUUACAAUACUAAACAAAGCAACCAUGAGUUAUAGUUUCAGUGGAAAUAUAGCCGCUGUUCAAUUAUCACCUGCUCAUCUCCUGAUCAAGUUUUUUCCAUCUUUGCAUGUGGAAGAUUUAAAAACAGAUAUGCACAUAAAGGGUGUGCACUGUAAUAAGAAUCAUGCUGCAAUAUGGAAUGGCAAAAAAGUUGCAAUUUAUGAGAUACCUGAAAAUAAAUCUUUUAUCAGAUCUGCUCGAAGUUUUACUUGCGAUGCCCACAAAGUUGCAGUGUAUGAACAGAAUGUCUAUUUGAUUGAUUCACAUUCGAUAUCAAUUAGAACUUUUCAGGGUACAGUAAAACAAGAACUUACAUUCCUGGAAAAAGAAGGUGACCCUCUUGAUUUGAAUAUAUGCGGAUCUCAUAUGGUAAUUGCAACAAAUAGAGGUGUACUUAAAAUAUAUGAUCUGUCACGGAGAGAAGCACGCCAAGUAAGUGUCACCAAGCACUUGGAAGAUUGUAUUUCAAAACUUGGAAAAAUUCAUCUGAUCAAAAUUAAUUGCAACGGCACAAAAGUUGCUGUAUUGUCUCAGAAUAGCAACUAUAUCACUACCCCUAUUUUGUAUGUGUGGGAAGUAGAGAGUGAUAAAAUUCAAUCUUUUAAUUUUAUGUCUGGAGAAAGUAACUAUGAAUUACUUGAUGAUUUAUUAACUACACAACAACAGCUAACAGAUGCUAUCAAAGGUUAUGUGCCUAAAUCAGUAUUUUGGGAUUCUAUUGAGCCAAAACUUUUAGUAUGUGAGACAGUUCGAAUGAGUUCUAUUAACCAAGAAGAAACAAGUAUUCAAAAAGAUCUUUAUGAUGAUAGUUUAUCAUUAAUUGUCACAAUGUUUAGCUGUCCAGAAUAUGGCUUGGUUGUUCAAGAUCAUUUUAAAAUGGAUCCUAGUUAUACUGGGUUAUUAGGGAUGGAUACACCUUUUUGUUACUUCAUUCAAUCAGGUCAGCAUAGAGAUCAAUGUGUGGCAAGAAAAACAAUGCGUGACUUUGUAGAAUUUGAGAAUGGCGACCAGGUAACUAAAGCAGCCAUGAUGAGUUACAGCUAUUUAUCUGCAAUUGGUAAUAUGGAUGAAGCUUUUAAAGCUAUUAAGUCUAUUAAAAGUCCAUCUGUUUGGGAAAAUAUGGCACGAAUGUGCGUUAAGACAAAGCGUCUGGAUGUUGCGUUUGUGUGCUUAGGUAACAUGGGUAAUGCAGCAGCAGUGAAAGCAAUUCGUGAUGCUCAGUUAUCAGAAGUUGAAGUUGAUGCCCAUGUUGCAAUGCUUGCCAUACAAGUGGGAAUGCAUGAAGAAGCAGAGCAGUUGUACAAGAAUUGUCAUCGAUAUGAUCUUCUUAAUAUCUUUUAUCAAGCUUCAAACAAUUGGACUCAGGCUAUUGAAUGUGCUGAAAAGCAUGAUAGAAUUCAUUUAAGAACCACUUUCUACUGUUAUGGACAAUACCUUGAAGAUUUGGGUAAUAAAGAAGGUGCCGUUGAAAAUUUUGAAAAAUCUGGUACUUUUCGCUUUGAAGUACCAAGAAUGAUGAUGGAUGAUGUGGAUGAACUACAAGCAUAUAUUCUCAAAAGAAAAGAUAAGGAGUUGAUGAAAUGGUGGGCCCGAUAUCUUGAAAGCUUAGGUGAUAUGGAAGCUGCAUUGUUUUUUUAUAAGCAAUCUGAAGACUAUCUAUCAAUGGUUCGCAUACACUGCUUCUGUGAAAAUAUGAAAGAAGCAGAGCAGCUUUGUCAGGAUACUGGAGAUAAAGCAGCAUGCUACCAUCUUGCAUGUCAAUUUGAAAUUUCUGGAAAUAUACCAAAGUCAAUCCAUUUUUUUUCUCGUGCACAAUGUUAUUCAAAUGCGAUUCGUUUAGCAAAGGAAAAACAGCUAGAUCAAGAGUUAAUGAACUUAUCCAUGCUUAGUACUCAAGAAGAUAUGCUAAGCUGUGCCCAGUAUUUUGAAGAAAAAGGAGGUAUGGAUGAUAAAGCUAUUGCACUGUAUCACAGGGGAGGUAGUGUUUCAAAAGCUAUUGAUCUUGCCUUCAGUUCAAAGCAGUUUGGUGCUCUGCAAUUAAUAUCAGAUGAUCUUGAUGAGAAUGUUGAUCCACAAGUACUACAUAAAUGUGCAGAUUUUUUCAUAGAAAACGAUCAGUUUGACAAAGCAGUCAACCUUCUUAUUGCUUCAAAAAAGUUUGAAGAAGCACUUCGAAUGUGCCUUGAUCAUGAUAUCCAAAUAACAGAAGAAAUUGCAGAAAAAAUGACUUUUCCCAAAGAACACUCUGAUGCAAAAUAUCGUUUAUAUUUACUUGAAAAAAUUGGAGAAUGUGCGUACAAACAAGGAUCUUUUCACCUUGCUACAAAAAAAUUUACUCAGGCUGGAAAUAAGAUGAAGGCUAUGAAAUCGUUAUUAAAAUCAGGAGAUACAGAAAAGAUAGUGUUUUUUGCUGGUGUAUCAAGACAAAAAGAAAUAUAUGUAAUGGCUGCAAACUAUUUGCAGUCUUUAGAUUGGCAGAAAGAUCCAGAAAUUCUUAAGAAUAUCAUUAGUUUUUAUACUAAAGGCCGUGCUCUUGAAUCAUUAUCAACAUUUUAUGAGUCUUGCGCUCAGGUUGAGAUAGACGAGUUUGAGAAUUAUGAAAAAGCGUUUGGUGCACUUACUGAGGCUUACAAGUGUCUUUCAAAAGCUAAACCAAAAAAUGUUACAGUUCAAGAAGAAAAACUUGCAUUAAUCAAAACAAAAUUAACUCUCAUGAAAAAAUAUAUACAUGCAAGAAAAGAGUAUUCAAGCACUCCUGAUGAAAGCGUGAGCUCUUGUGAAUUGCUUUUAGAAGAUCCGGAUGUUAAUGUAGCAAUACAAAUUAAACAUAUUUACGCUUUCUUAAUUGAGCAUUACAUUAAUGUUCGUAACUAUAAAAAAGCAUAUCAUUUAAUGGAAGAUUUUCGCAAGUGUUGUCCUUCCGUAAAACUCGAAAAAGUUAUUUCUAAAGGGCAUAUUCAAAAAGUAUAUGCAGAACUUGGUAUUGCAUUAAAACCAACUAAAGACAAAGAAAUAGAUAAAGAUCCAGAGGAAGAGAUAGAUGAAGAAGAUGGAUACAUUUAGUU